CAGUGCAUUUUCCAGUGCCGAAAACGCUGUAUUUGAUUUUUACGGGAGAGGAUCUGUUUUUCAAAUUUAAUUGAAAAUUAACAGUAGAACAAGUGUCGUUAUAAACAUUUUUAUAAUCAGUGAAGUAAAAUCCUUGAUACAGUGUUGGUAUUGAGUUCUUCGAUCUACCAGUACAAAGUACCGUGCACUGGUAAGCAGUGCAUCUUCUGCAUUCUUGCCAAACCUGUGUGCCUUAUACCUUCGUGGUUUUACCUGUUUUUGGAUCUUUUGUCCACUUCUUCCAAAGGAACAUCCCAACCGGAAGGUGUUUACGCUUAGGUGAAAUACUGUACCUGAAAGUUUCGCUAGUCCGGCCGUAUUGAUUAUCAUAGCGCAGCAGCGCUUGUUGAAUCGGGACAUUAUUGCUGAACAGCCGUAAACAUGGUGGCUCCUGAUGCAGAGAAAGGAGACGCGAAAUCGGCCGACAAGAAAAAGACCGAGAAAGAAAAUGAAAUUUCGGAGGAAGACCUGAAACUUCAAGCUGAGCUGAACAUGCUCGUCGAGCGCCUGCAGGAAGGUAAACUGGAACUGCAGAAGCCAGCACUGGAAGCUUUGCGAAAUCAGAUUCGCUCGUCAACCACGUCGAUGACUUCCGUUCCGAAGCCACUUAAGUUUCUCCGGCCGCAUUUUGACACCAUCAAGAACCUCUUCGAGAAGAUAUCCGAUCCGGAUGUUAAGAAAAUAUGCGCCAGCGUUUUGAGUGUCAUGUCUAUGACUAUGAGCUCGACUCGGGAGUCCAUAAAAUAUAAAAUGCUAGCAACGAAGGAGGAUAUCGGAGCAUGGGGACACGAAUAUGUCAGGCAUUUGGCUGGAGAAGUUACACAAGAAUGGAACGAAACCGCAAAGCUGGAUGAAAGCCAGAAGACAGUCUAUCUGCAGCUGGCGCAAGAGAUCGUCAGAUAUUUUAUGGAUCAUAAUGCCGAACCGGAAGCCUGUGAUUUAUUAAUGGAAAUAGAACAGUUGAAACUGCUGGAAACCUUCGUGGAUACGCAUUCAUACAAUAAAGUCUGCUUGUACUUGGUCAGUUGUGUGCCAUACGUUGCUGAUCCGGAAGACACCCAAUUGCUGAAAACUGCGAUUAAGCUGUACCACAAAUUCAACCAAUAUACCGAAGCUAUUCGUCUCGCAAUCCGAUUAAACGAUAUGACUCUCAUUAAAGAACUGUUCCUCCUUUGCCCCGAUCGUGCUACGAAGAAGCAGAUUGCGUUUAUCUUGGCACAUAGUCAAGUCUAUCUGGAAUUGGAUGAAAAUUCUGAGGGAUAUGAUGAACUGAUGGAAAUCAUGUCCAACUCACAGCUGAAUGCCAAUCAUCUGGCUCUGGCUCGUGAACUGGAUAUCGCUGAACCUAAGACACCCGAAGAUGUCUAUAAGACUCAUCUUGAACAGCACCGUAGCUUUGUUACGGGGACGGGACUGGACUCCGCGCGCCAGAAUUUGGCUUCCGCUUUUGUCAACGGCCUGGUUAACUGCGCAUUUGGAACGGAUAAAAUGUUUGCUGAAGACGGAAAUAAAUGGAUUUAUAAGAAUAAGGAACAUGGUAUGCUCAGUGCAACAGCUUCCCUCGGAUUGAUCUUGCUAUGGGAUGUUGAUGGCGGUUUAACUCAGAUUGAUAAAUAUCUGUAUGCAACGGACGAAUACAUCAAAUCCGGGGCGCUUUUGGCCUGUGGAAUCGUUAAUGCCCGUAUCCGAAACGACUGUGAUCCAGCUAAAGCCCUCCUCAGCGAACACAUUACCAACAAAUCUGGCGUCAUCCGCACCGGUGCCGUUAUCGGCAUGAGCCUCGCAUAUGCCGGAACCAACCGCGCCGAUGUCAUUGAGGUGUUAUUACCGGCUCUGGAAGAUGACAGCAGUACGCUGGAGAUUAAGUGCUUCACAGCAGUGUCCCUCGGUCUGGUAGCCGUGGGCACGUGUAACGCCCAGAUCGCCGAAGCCAUCCUGCAGACGAUGAUGGAGCGGACUGCCCUCGAGCUGAAAGAUCCUCUGGCGAAGAUGCUGGCGUUGGGAUUGGGACUGCUGCAUCUGGGUCAGCAAGAACGCGUGGACACGGUGCGGGCCACGCUGCAGGUUCUGGAUGAUCCGUACAAAACCUUGGCGCUGCAUUUUGUUGACGCUUGUGCCUACGCCGGAACCGGGAAUGUUCUCAAAAUUCAGCAGUUCCUUCACAGUUGCAGCGAGCAUGUGGAUAAGAAGGAUGAAGAAGAGAAGAAAAACGGCGACAAGAAGGAAGAAGCGAAGGACGAUAAAGAUAAGAAGAAGGAAGAAGCGGCUGAUGCCGGUAUGCAUCAGGCCGUUGCCGCUCUUGGUAUCGCUUUAAUUGCCAUGGGCGAGGAUAUCGGAUCGGAAAUGUCACUGCGUUCGUUUGGGCAUUUGCUCCGAUACGGCGAUGCAGCUCUCCGGCGUGCGGUGCCGUUAGCUCUUGGGCUGCUCUCGGUGUCCAAUCCCAAAUUGACCGUUAUGGACACCCUGAGCAAAUUUUCUCACGAUAACGACAGUGAAGUGGCUUCAAAUUCAGUCCUUGCGAUGGGGUUAAUCGGAGCCGGGACCAACAAUGCCCGCUUGGCGACCAUGCUGCGCAAUCUGGCUGUUUACCACACGAAGGAUGCCAAUAGUUUAUUUAUGGUGCGCAUCGCGCAGGGAUUAUUGCAUAUGGGCAAAGGAACGCAUACCCUCUCUCCGCAGUACAGUGACCGAUUCCUGGUCAGUCGAGCUGCACUGGCUGGAUUGCUGGUUGUUUUAACGGCUUGUUUGGAUGUUAAAUCAACGAUCCUGGGCAAGCAUCAUUAUCUUUUGUACUACUUGGUUCCGGCUAUCCAGUCGCGAAUGUUGGUCUGUUUUGAUGAGGAUCUCAAACCGGUGACGACCACUGUCCGUGUGGGAACGGCUGUGGAUAUUGUGGGACAAGCUGGACGUCCUAAAGCGAUCACCGGUUUCCAGACUCAUACCACGCCAGUACUGAUGAAUUAUGGAGAACGCGCUGAACUGGCGACUGAUGACUAUGUGCCGCUGACUUCCGUUUUGGAAGGAUUCGUUGUGUUACGGAAGCGAUCGACCGAUCAAGAUAUGACAUGAUUUCCCCUAACAUAUGUUUUUUAAGCUUUCUGUCCUUUUGUUCAGCUUUGGUACCGAUUCACUAUUUCAAAUAAUGUUGCUUCGCGGUUUGUUAUUUGCUGGCUGUUUUAGCUGAUCGGUUCAUAAAGUUUGGAUAAUUAUUCCUUGCUAACUUGCAAUUACAUGGCGAUAUGAUGA